AUGUCUACCACUUCCACUUCUGCACCAUCUACUCCUAUUAAUAACAUCAAAAAUCUCGCAUAUAAUAUUCUAAAAACCUUCAAGGAUGGUAUUAUUAAGAGUAAAAAAAUUCCAAAUCUAAGUAAUUGUUCGGAAUGUGGGAAAGAAAUUAUUUCGUUUCCUCUUAAGGCAUUUACAACACUAUCUUGUGGACAUGUAUUUCAUAGACUUUGUAUUGAAAAAAAACUUUUACUUACAAUUCCAAAUACGUGUUCAUUUUCUGGUUGUAGUAAGGAGGUUGAAAUUAUUGAAACGGGGCAUAGAAGGGGCUCUGAAUCAAGUACAUCAUCAGUAGUUAGAAGGAUGGAAAAACAUAGUAUCCAAUCUCAAGAUUUGUCAGAAAUUAUAGAAGAAGAUAUGUCAGAUGUAGAUGAUAAUGAAGAUGGUGAAAGUAAUCAUCCAACAGACCAAAGCAUUAUUCCUUUAGAAAAAGAAUCCUGUAAAAGACCUAGUAAAGAUACCCCUGAAAAUAAAUUAUCCAGUAAGAAAGUAAAGACUAAAGACAGAAAUGCUGAAUCUAUCACAAGCCCAAGUAAUUUUUCUGAUUUAUAUAGUGCAAUUCUUAAGGAAAGAUUAGCCGAGUAUAUGAAAGAUAAUAAAGAGCAUAGAUCUCAGAGAAAACUUUAUAAAGAAGUUGAAAAACAGCUCCUAUCUAACCUCUCAAAAAAUGCAAUUGAGAAAAGAAUAGAAAGAGCAAGGAAAAUUUAUGACCUUUUUAGUAGCAUAGGUGAGGAUAAAAUACAAUGGGACGAAAUUGAUGCUAUAGAAGAGGAGUUUGAAUGA